AUGGGAAGUUUUGGCAAAAACAUCUCCUCAACACUGUUUCUUUUUAUCGGUAUGCUUAUCAUUACACCAGGGUUUGCGAUUCGUACCAACGAAGAAAAUCAAGAGCUUUCUCAACAUUUGGAAGAGUGCCACAAAAAGGUGACAAAGCGUUGUGCAAUAGAAAUCUCUAAUAGUAUAUACACCAACAAUACCCCAUCAGAAUAUUGUUGCCAAAAGCAUAUAACAACGGGGAAAGCUUGCCAUGAUGAUUUCAUAAAACUAUUCAUUUCGAAAGUGCCAAAGGAGAAAGUAACUUUUAUUGCAGCCAAGGGUGACCAAAUGUGGAACCGUUGUGCUGCUAUAAUAGCCUUGGCACCUGUUGCCUAA